CCCCAGUGGUGGAGAAUCCCUGCUUCCGCGCAAUAUGAGCGAACGCUUCCCAACUUGCCCUUUCUGCUUCAAUGCCACCCAGAGAGCCCCCAGCGCCUUCACCCGGCCCAUUCUCCGGACACCUGAUCAACCCUGCAGGCCCUUGUAUAUAUCUCUCUCUCUUACUCGUCCCCCUCAGAUCAUCCCGCUCUCAUAGAGGAGCACCCUUCGCAUCCCCAUGGAAAGCCACGGCAUAGCUCGCACAGCCCGGAAACCACGGACCGAAGCCCAGAUCCAGUCCGACCUCGCCAAGAUCGAGGCACUGCGCUCUGUCGAGGCCGCCCUCCUCCGCGCUGCGCGCCCGUCCGCCGACACCGACACCGACACCUCCGACCUAGACCCCGCCGCCACCCUCGCCCUCACGACGAAGCUCCUGCGCCUGAAUCCGGAGCACUACACGGCAUGGAACGUCCGCAGGCGCUGCCUAACCUGUGGAUCAUUGUCAAAACCCUCGCCUGGGCCGUCGCCAUCGGCGCCGCCCGCGAGUUCUUCAGCAGCAUGCACUCCGCCUCCGUCCUCCGCCGCUGCGUUGCCGUCUUCCUCGGCCGCGAUCCGGCCCGCCCAACCGUCCCCCGCGGGCCCGGGGAGUGGGAGGAGUGGUACAACAGUUGAGCAAGCGAGCUCAGUUGAAGAUCGAGUCCGCGACGCGGCGGAGGGAGACAACCGACCCGGAGAAGGAAAGGACGGAAAGGCCCACACCACCGACGAGGUCGUCGCGACCCUUAAAAACGAGCUCAACUUCACCAUCCCCCUCCUCCUCGAGUUCCCCAAGAGCUAUUGGAUCUGGAAAUACCGCUCCUGGCUACUCCAGCAAGCUGUCGACCUCCUCCCGAGACCGCUGGCCCGCCGCGUGUGGCAAGAGGAACUCGGCCUCGUCUCCAAGAUGCUGUCCAAGGAUCGCCGCAACUUCCAUGCCUGGGGCUACCGCCGGAAGGUGGUCACCGUGCUGGAGAGCGCAGCCCUCGGCGGCGAGAGCCUGGUCGAGUCCGAGUUCGCGUAUACGACCAGCAUGAUAAAGAUGGACUUGUCUAACUUCUCGGCCUGGCACAGCCGCUCCAACCUGAUGUCCCGCCUGCUGGAGGAGCGUGGCGCUGACGAUGCGGUGCGGCAGAAGUUUUUGGAGGACGAACUCUCACUCGUGCGCGAAGCACUGAACGUCGGACCUGAGGACCAGUCGCUCUGGUUCUACCACCGUUUCCUCGUCCAGGACAUGACGGAAGCAGACAGCCGGUCCAAGAUUGCACCCAAUUUGUCACGGGACCAAAGGGCACGCUACGUGCGGUGCGAAAUCGACGGCAUCAAGGAGCUCUUGGAGGACUACGACGACAUCGUGUGGAUAUACAAGGCGCUGCUGGACUACACAAUAGCCCUGCCGAAACUGGAGGAGCGCGCCCCGGACAACGGAGAGGUUGCAGAGCUCGGGGCGUGGAUGGCCGAGGUGCGCCGCUUAGACCCCAUGCGCAACGGGCGCUGGGACGAUCUCGAAAAGGAGUGCGGUCUGCUCUAGAUGACGCACGUGGUACCAUGAUUUCAAGAGACGGGUGUGUUUCAGCACGAACGAGCGGGUGCCGCAAAGGAUAAAACGGCAUUAAUGAAUUACAGCGACCAUGCGCAUGCAUGUACACGCCCUCUAUGAAGACAGCUCUUCGCACAUUCCAGUCAUGAUAUUAUAGGUAGAUAUAUAUGCACAAA